AUGGCACAACUUGAUACCUCACGGUGUAAAAUGGCCGGCGUAAAACUACUGGUAAGUCAACGUUUUUCAAUGGCGUCGUAAAUCGUCAAUUGCUUGAGUUUUCGCAGUGUUACGAUUCUUUCUUUAGUUCUUCGCGAUAGGUUAUUUAUAAUGAAAUGUCCACACUUUUUCUGGCCCGAAGUAUGCUUUUAUUGACCCAUAUUCUAAGUAACUGUAAUCCACUAACCUUAAGAGAGAUUAACGAGUGAUCCAAAAGAACUUGAUUUAGAAUCACUAAAGAAGAUAAUGUUAAAUGAACGCAGGUCUAUCUGUUAAACGCAGGUCUUUCCACAGCUACAUUUUGGACAAUUGUACUUGUACAAUUGUAUUCACUUUAACUCGUGUUGCCUUUUCGUAAACAACGUAAACGUCUCGAUUCCAUCAAGGUGUUGCAGUUUAUCUUUAACCUUUUAAAUUACUUAAACAUUUCAAAAAGCAUGUUUAGACACUAUAGACAAGUGUUUUGGCCACAUAUUGACUUCGUACUUUCCUCUUUUAUUGGUAAUUUUUCUUCAACGUUGUACUUCCUGGUUAUUUUCGGGGGAGAAAUUUUGGAAGGAGGUCAGUUUUCCUUGCUAUAAAUUUAAAUCUCCCAAACUCGUCUUCUUCCUUUUUUGUCGCAAAAUUCAGUGCUGUCAGGUUUAUAUUCCCGCUCCUGGCAAAGCUGUCUAAUGAACUCAAAUACUCGAGCAUGCCUUGCCAUUGAGUGGGCUGGUAACGACGUGCCAAGUUUCGAGAGUUCGAUUUACAAUUCUUACACACUCUUGAGUCUUUUUGUUUUAGUUUUUUUUCUUUGUUGCAAACCAUUUUUUUAGCAAAUCUGAGCGAUAUACUUGUGGUUUAAUUUAAAUGCAUUAGGUUAGAUCGAUCAUUUCUCAUAGUCAACGAGAUGCAUUCGCAUCAGCCUUCUGGACUGUCAGACCAGAUCAAUCAAUUCUUCAAUUUUCAUCCAUAUAAUCUGUGCAUUGCUUAAAUAAACAGUCGAUUAGUUCCACCACCCUUUGGUUAACAAACUUGGAUUUCAACAGCUUGCAGACCUCCACUCUACCUUAAGGUUAAUCAACUCUAAUUACAUGUUAUUCUAUUUACUUCCUCUUUUUUUUUCCUUUUCAAUACUUUUAGGUCUUGCUUGUCCUAUCCUGUCUGUUAUUUUCGACGUGCAGUGCUGAAUACAGAAUCACCCAGAACAUAAGACACACAAUAAAAGCUUUUAGGAGACAGGGCAGGGCCAAUCUCCUCAAAGCUGAGCAGAACGGGGAAGACGGAGCUUUUAAACUUUCCUUUACUGGAAACAUAACAGGCCCCGGAACAGGUGAGUAUUUAUUGUUAAUUGAAGCGAUCAAUUAUUCCUAACAGGAAGCCAAUGAAAUUAACAAUACCUGAAAUAAAACUGAUUGUCGAAAAGUAAGUUCAGUCUCUAUUGAUGUGCAAUUAUCAAACAUGUGCUAUGGCUUUAAAUAGCAACACCCCAUGUCAAAGGAGAGCGGAACUAACAUUAAUAACUGAGGAUGUCCCACUUUAGCUGAGCGUUAUCUCAUUCAAUCUUUUCCUUUUCCCUUCCCAUACUUUCUUUCUUUUGCCUUUGAUAUACCAUCAAUCAAAAUCGGAUGGGGGGGGGGAGGGGGGGAGGAAAGCAGGGAGUCGCCCUCUAAUGAAGGUGCUAUCAACGAUUGUGAGGAACAAGGGUGCAGUUCUGUCUAGAGAGGAUAGAUACUAGCGAGGUGAAUCCUUUGUUCAAUGCAGUGCUACUCACCUUUCAAGCUUUGUUAAAAUUUCUGUCAUAAAAAGCUAGAUUUAAAGCUAUUCUCGACAGAACUGAGACUAAAUUAUGUAACAACAUCUGAAAUGUCAAUGAAUUAAGCGCCGCUCCUGCUCUGAAUUAAUUAUCACUCUGUAUAUCUACUUCCAGGCACAGAAUUCGUCUUCAAAACAUACUUCAAAGGUUCGUCUUUCAGUCAUUACGCCAUUCACCCAGCCGAUUGGCCAGAGUAUUUACUGGCUGUUGAUGGACGAAGCUUGGUCAUAAAGGUUAGUACAGCUUGAAAGACAUCAGUCAGAUUAGCAUCUCUAAUGUAAAAUAAAGUAAUUUUCACUGUAAAGUAUGAAACAAAAUACGUCUCAAAAUGGAUGCGAACUGAAAAAAUUGCCAUGCUAAAUAGCGGACUCAGUGCAAACCCUUACACAGGAAGAUGUUCAAAGAGCGCAAUUAUGUUAUUUGCUUUUUGUUGUUUGUGUUAUACUUUUUCGGAAACAGCGCACUAAACAAGCUAAGCAUUUUAAUUUUCCGUCCGCUGCUUCUUGGAUGAAACUCCUACGCUCUGACUGCUUCAUUUAAAAACAAUAUAGUCUUUCCUGCACUCUGAUUGGUUAUGGACUAUAUCAAGCUCCUUUACCACUGAGCCAUGAGUGAUGUAACAGGCUAGGGAUACAGUGGAAUGUAGUGCCAAAGAGUUACACUUCUCUUGCUCUUUAUCGGCAGAGACCACACAAUUCAUCGACGGAACUGACGGGAAAGAACUAUGGGUUUUUGAUGAAGGAUCUCGAGUUCAAAUAUUAUGAUAAUGAACAGAAAAAAAACGUGGAACAUGGUCUGACAGUAAUAGUCUCCAAAGCCAGUCGCCUCCCGAUUGAAAGUACUACGGAUGGUCGCGUCCUUUUGGGCUCUAACUGGAUGGACUUCAGAACAUGGCUCUCUCUUUAAGCGCUCAUUAAUUAAUUAUUGCAGUGGGGAUUUCUCCGAUUGAUAAACAAAUACAUUUGUAAUUAUAUAGUUUUACGUUCAUUCACUUGGCCCGCUCCAAGCAAAUUUAUAUUAAAAAAGUACUGAAGUGUCUUGAUCUAGUGAAACAUAACAGUAGAACAGUUCUCACAGAGCACUUUUACAUGGAGUAUUGUGAGUCACGAAGGCAAUCACAGCAUCAGGCUGAAUCACAACGUGAAAAUGACAACUCGCCGACUUUGAUGGGAAUAAAAUAAACCUUUAAGGCAAGAAGUGUGAAAAAACGCAGCUGACCAUGUGACGAUUGGUAUCAGUUUCGCAUUUGAUCGGUUGAGAGAGUAACACAAGCGUGGUCAAGAGAAACAAAAGCGAUACACUUAAGUGAGAUUUACUCUGUUGAACUUAAAAAUGCACUUCAUAGUUAUAUUUAAUACCUUUACUACGCUAUGAUAUGUCACAUAUCAAGAAAAAAAAAAGGAAAAGAUGAAGUAGUUAAAUUAAGAUAAAAAACAGUCAGAUGUACAGUAAAUAACAAUUAUUUACAAGAUCCGGUUAGGAUAGGGCUUGACGAAAUCGUCUUACAAGUGAAAUGCAACGUAAUACUAUGUAUUUGAGAUGAUUAAUAUAUUCAUGUUGUGCAUGCUAUUGACACUGAUUGAAUUUUGAUAUUUAUGAUGUAUAAUGAAUACUUAUAUUCCUUGUGUGAUUGACUCAGAUAAGUCAAUACUUUAUUUAAAGCAUAAAUUAUUUAAAUAAAGCAAUCUUAAUUAGUUUUUACUAGAGAAUUUCGAUCGAUUUAGAUUGAGUCUCACAGCAUUCGACUAUGUGUGUUCACAGACUUUGUAAAAUGACAAAUUCAAUUGUUUUAAAUGGUUGAUGCGAUUAAUAUUUGAUAUUGUCAAACAACUCACUAAGAUAACAAAUAACAGUUAUAACAAACACAAGCAAUUGAGCUUUGUCGCUUGCCUUCCACCUCCUUAUGCAAUGAAGUAAACAUUUUUGCAUCUAAUGUGAAUACUGAGGAAAGCUUUUUUUUCCAAAUACUUCAAUUAUUCUCUUGCAUUUAUUAAGAAUUAGUCAUUACCGCAGCUUUCUCACAAACUGUAAGUCCCUUUUCACCUUCCAUGGCAAACCUUUAAAUUUGCAUUGUUCAGUUUUACAUUAAUUGAGACCUUCUUAUGCUCGUUCACAAUAUUGAGAAAGCCUUUGUGAAUGACUCUGUCUUUAAUUUGAAAACAAAUUUGAAGAAAAGAGAGCGGGUUCACUGUCGGAGUCUGACAUUGAGUCUACUAUAUGUGCUGUUGAUCAGAUAUCGUUGCCCUUCCGGCUUUGGUGCUCAAUGGAAUCCUCUUUAAACAAAGUGUACAAGAGGGGAUUGACAAGAGAAGUUCCAAAUCGCAUAAAAAGAAGCAGUAUAUCGACAGCUUGUGAAAAGUGUAGAACUAUAUUCUCGUCAUGAAAAAUCGAGCUACGGAAGUAGGAAAACCAACCUAAAAUAAAGGCGGGAGCUGAUUGAGCUUAGAGUGGUCACGCCUUUUGCCGAGCUCCCCUCAAGUUCCGAAUAUGAGAAAAUUCCAAACUGGAAACGGAUAAAUGACUUCCCUACACAGUGAGCAUGCGCAGAGGAAGGGUCUCAUCAUCCCGCUCAAAUGGGAAUUUAAAACAAGAUGUCAACGUUUUUGAAAGGCUUCGAAUUCGGUGAACAAUUUAUCCCGAUUAAAGUGGACGGUCAGCCUAAAUUUUAUCAAAGAUUAGGUUUCCGUAAAGUCGAAAUAAUUUCCCAAGCUGAGGUAAUGACUGAUUUGGCAGGGCGGGCUCGGAUUAGCGGCAUAGGGCCUGUCAGAAAAAGCUAGUCUAACUUCUGGUGAGCGUUCGUGGUAUGAUUUUCUCAUAAUUAUAUAAUCAUAUUUUCAUACGGGAACGAAGAUGCCUCUCAAAUUUGCUUCACUGACAACACGUGGCCUCGUCGCUUAGUUGGUAAUAACGCCCAGAUGCAGGUUCAAACCUUGGCGACGCCUGAAUUUUUACAGGCUUCUUUUCUGAAAUGUCCUUUACCGCAGCUACUGCAGCUAAUCUACCAAGGUUAUUUCUUUAUGUUCUUUCAUAAGAUGACAAAAGGUGUCAAGGAAAACGGGAAAAAAGAUUCCAUAUAAAGAUAAUCCAUGAAUCUAAUUGAUCACGAGGAGUGAUUAAAAUCCACAUGAACUUCUCGGGGAAAAACCCCAGGAAUACUUUCGCAACUCCGGAAAAACUGGAUUAGAUAAUUGUAAAUGACAUCGUGCAGGGUUACUUCUGAGAGCGGGAAAUGUAUUUUUAGGCACAUGACACGUGUUAAAUCACGCGAUAUGUUGCAAUGUAAGAAAAAAACCAAUUAACAACUAAUCAACUAAAGCCAAAUAAGGAAAGGGAUAGUACUAAAACGAAAAAGGUAAGGUUAAGGCUGAAAAAUAGUAUAAAACUGUAAUGCUUUAUCUAGAUAAUUUGGGUACGCUUUGAAUUUAGAACACAAAGUUACGGACAGGAAUCACUUUACAAUAUAUCACGGCUCUCUUUGCUGGUCUGUUCUCGAAUGACAUUUUGUCUUUUUUUUUUUUUUUUUUUUUUGGGGUGUCUUUCCUUUUCCUUUACUGUACAGUAAUUAUUGUAUAAAAUUCUUGCUUCGAAAUAUGGCAUGCUUUUUCUUUGUUUUGAUACUGAUAAUUAGAAAAAAAAACUAUUGCUGUAGACUAUCGAACUUUGCCACUUAGCUGGCUCUUUUCCUUAGCUUUUUAGGUAACAUGUAGUUGACUCUCCGUGUUUUCGGUUCGUUAUCAUCGAUGGGAAAAUUACACUCAAAGUGACAGACAUCAGUUUUAUUUUUUCGGUAAGAUAGAUCAUCACCAAGAUAAAUGAGAUUGGUGCGGGGUUUGCUUAGGAUGGGAUAAAUUAGCAAGGAUCACAUACUGCAACGAUAAAAAGCGGCCUAGACUUAACCUUUUGAGAUGCACAAAUCAUGAUGUAGCUCUUUUUUUUAUCUGGGUGAAGAACAAUACCUACUGCUGACCUCCUUUAACCGUUCGAAACCGAAUGAGGAAACUAAUUGAUUUAUUCCUUUCUCGAAUACUCUUCCUCUAAAGGCGUUGAGUAAAUACGAUUUAUCAUAAGCACACUAAAUAACGAGUAACAAAGAGCUCACAAAUCAGAUGUAUUUCAUUUAGGAGUAUAACAUAAAAACAUUUCUACGUAUUACGAAAAUGUGUAAUCUCAUGUUUCCUUGCAAUUUUGUUUAUAUGCGGAAGAGCAAUUAUUCUGAGUUAUUCGGAUUGAGUAAUUCUAUACUCCGUUAUACUUUUCGGAGAGAGAAUCGAUGCCUCUGUCAUUUGACAAAGGUAUAGCAGACAUCGACAAAAGACCCAAAAACAUAAAUUCAAACCCUGAAUUUGUUGAAAUCUUCAAGAUUUCGUAAUUAUUAUAAAGAUAGAAAGUAAAGCUUUACAACUUCCCAGAAAGUGACUUCCGUGGUUGUUCGAUUUAAUUUUAAAAUCGCUCCUUGGUAGAAUAUCUGCAUUCUUUUUUCUGGAUACAUUAAUCAGGUAAAUCCAGCUAUAAAUCGAAGAUGCAAAGCAAACCGCACUACUGUCAAUUUUUUUUUCUUUACAAGGUGAUUGAAACUCUUGGCUAUUUCUCCGUGUUUAGUAAAUAUGCCACAUUAUUAAGUUGUUUAUUUUUUCACUGUUCUGAUGAUGCAGAAUCAUUACCUUCGUUUUACUUCGCUGCUCUUAAAUCUAAUACUUGCCAUAGAAAAAGUGAAUAAGAAUCGAUAUCAGUGGAGUUUAACGACUUCGGAUUGACCUACGUAAAAAUAUUUUCCAUGGCUUGCUACAUAAUUAAUUAAACCAUGUGAUAGUUACAGUGCCCUUUCACCUGGAAGUAGCUUGUCCAUUGUCGUCGAAUGCCUUAUGACCAAAUUAGAUCUACCAAGUUAAUUUACUUCAUCGGAAAGUCCCUUUUUUUAAGUAGCAUAAAAAAUUACUUUAAACUUACAGGAAAGGGAACAGCCCCGAAAACAGGUUCGAAAUCACCACUAUAUAAAUGACCAUGCUUUACGGAUGACAAACACAGUUGACGGCACAACUUGAUAGCUCACGGUGUAAAAUGGCCAGCGCAAAACUACUGGUAAGUCAAGGUUUUUCAAAGGCGUCGUGAAUCGUCAAUCGCUUGAGUUUUCGCAGUGUUAUCAUUCUUGUUUAGUUCUUCGCAAUCGGUUAUUUGUAAUGAAACGUCCACACUUUUUCUGGCCCGAAAUAUGCUUUUAUUAACCCAUAUUCUAAGUAACUGUAAUCCACUAACCGAGGAAUUAACGAGUGAUCCGAAAGAACCUGAUUUAAAAUCACUAAAAAAGAUAAUGUAGUUUUUAAACGCAGUUAUAUCCACAGCUACAUUUUGGGCAAUUGUACUUGAACGAUUGUAUUCACUUUAACUCGCGUUGCCUUUUCGUAAACAACGUAAACGUCUCGAUUUCAACAAAGUGUUACAGUUUAUUUUUGACCAUUUUAAUAACUUAAACAUUUCAAAAAGCAUGUUUAGACACUAUAGAGAAGUGUUUUGGCCACAUACUGACUUCGUACUUUCCUCUUUUUAUUGACAAUUUUUCUUCAACUUUGUACUUCUUCAUCAUCUUCGAGCAAAAUAUUUUGAAAGGAGCCCCGUCUUCCUUGCUUUAAAUUUCAAUCUCCCAAACGUGUCUUCUUGCUUUUUUGUUGCAAAAUUCAGCGCUGUCAAGUUUAUAUCCUCGCUCCUGCCAAAGCUGUCUAUUGAACUCAAAUACUCAAAUACGGGCAAGCAUGCCUGGCCCGUGAGUGGGCUGGUCACGACGUUCUCAGUUUCGAGAGUUCUUAAAGAUACUAUUGAGUUUUUUUUUUAUUUUUUCUGAGCGAUACAGUAGUGGUUUAAUUUAAUUGCGUAAGUUAGAUUGAUCAUUUCUCAUAGACAACGAGAUGCAUUCGCAUCAGCCUUCGAGCAACUAAGGAACUGGACUUUCACUUUCGAAAGUUCGAUUUGCAAAUUCUUAAAGAUACUCUUAAGUUUUUUGUGUUUUUUUUUUUUUGUAAGUCUGAACGAUAUACUAGUGGUUUAAUUUAAUUGCGUAAGGUUAGAUUGAUCAUUUCUCAUAGUCAACGAGAUGCAUUCCCAUCAGCCCAAAUCAAUCAAUUCUUCAAUUUUCAUCCAUUUUUUUCUCUUAAUCUGUGCAUUGUCGAUAUUUUUAGGUCUUGCUUGUCCUACCCUGUCUGUUAUUUUCGACGAUUAGUGCGGAAGACAUAUCUCCCGAGAAAGAAAAAACCACAUUGAAGGCGUUUAAAAGACAGGGCAGAGCCGAUCUCCUUAAAGCUGAGCGGAACGGGGAAGACAGAGCUUUUAAACUUUCCUUUACUGGAAACAUAACAGGACCCAAAACAGGUGAGUAUUUAUAGUUAAUUGAAGCGGUCAAUCACUCCCAACAGGAAGUCAAUCAGCGAUUGUAAGAAUGGAAAGAAAGCAGCUCUGUCUUUAGAGGAUAGAUCAUAGUAUUAGCUUUAGUGAAUCCUCUUUUCAAUGCAGUGCUUCUCACCUUUCACAGUGCCAUAUUGAAAACACUCUUGGCCAAGAAAAAGUUGUGUUAAAAUUUUUGUUAUAAAAAGCUAAGUUCAAAGUGCUAUUCUCGGCAGAAGCGAGACGAAAUGUAUGUUACUACAUACGAAAUGUCAAUGGAUUAAGCGCCUUCCAUGAAUUAAUCAUCACUCUGUAUAUCUAUUUCCAGGAACAGAAUUCUUAUUCAAAAAAUACGUCAAUGGUUCUUCCGGUCAUUUUACCAUUCACCCCGCCGAUUGGCCAGAGUAUUUACUGGCUGUUGAUGGACGAAAGUUGGUCAUAGAGGUUAGCGCAGCUUUAAAGACAUCAGUCAGAAUAGCAUCUCUUAUGUAAAAAUAAAGUAGUUUUGAAUGUAAAGUAUGAAACAAAAAACGUCUCAAUAUGCAUGGAUGCAGACUGAUAAAAUUGCCAUUCUAAAUAGCAGACUCGGCGAAAACCUUGCACAGAAAGAUGUUCAAAGAGCGCAGUUAUCUUGUUUGCUUUUUUUUUUUGUUGCUAUUAACCUUUUUCCCGAAACAGCGCACUGAACAACCUGAGUAUUUCAAUUGUCCGUCCGCUGCUUCUUGGAUGAAACUCCUACGCUCUGAUUGCUCCAUUUAAAAACAAUAUAGUCUUUCCUGCACUCUGAUUGGUUAUCGACUAUAUCGAGUUCCUUAACCACAGAGCCAUAAGUAAUGUAACAGUUUAGGGAUACCGGAAUGUAGUGCCAUAAAGUUACCCUUCUCUUGCUCUUUAUCGGCAGAAACCACACAAUUCUACGACGGAACUGAUGGAAAAAAACUAUAAGUUUUCGCUGACGGAAUUCCACUGGACAUAUACUGAUAAUGAAAAUAACAAAGAGGUGGAACGUGUCCUAACAGUAAUAGUCUCCAAAGCCAGUGGCCUCGCGAUUAAAAGUGCUAGGGACGGUCGCGUCCUUUUGAGCUCUAACUGGAUGGACUGUGGAACAUGGCUCUCUUUUAAGCGUGUGAAAAAACACGCCUAG